GAUAAGGGGCUUUUGAGCUUCGAAGGGUCCCCCAUCAAAUAUCAUUCUUAUGAGGCCAUCAAUCUCAAUCUCCCAAACAUGACUGGAGCUCCCGAAAAUGAGAGGCCUAGAUCAUCUCCCGACCUCUCUGACACACUCACGGCCUAACAACAUCUCCUUCCGCAGCCUACUUGCAAUCACAAUAACCUUUCUUGCCUCUCUCUGCAUGACAACAUUAAUUUUCACAACCUACAAAUCAGUCUUCACUCUCCCCGUCGUCUUCUCCGUAAACUACGACCACCACCUGCCCUUCACAGCCGCAUCUGUAGAAGAUCUAGGCUUCGUCAAUGAUCCCGUCUUCCAUGAUGGCGGGAUAUAUCACGAUGGAGGAGGUGGCGCUAGUCAGAACGGGUAUCAUGUUCAGAUUUUUGCGGACUCGGCUACGAAUUCGAGUGGGUUUAAUUUUGUGCAUAAUUCUGUUGCUUAUUUUGGAUAUAGAGAUCCUGACAAUCCGUUGAAUUUGUAUCAAUUUGGGCUGAAGGGCCCGGAGGGCAAGGCGGUGUUUAGUGGCAUUGUUCCUGUUGGGCCUGAAGGUAAUGAAACGGAUGUUGGUCCAAUUUUUGCUGUUUGGAUGCUAAGUGGGAUGACACCAAUGCCUGAUGGACAAACCAUUCUUGGCGUCUUCCCCUGUUUGAAUGAAGGCAAUAGCACAGACUUCUAUAAUACGAUGGUGCAGAUGAACGUAACAGAUCCCAGUACAGUUAGCCCAGGAGAAAGUCCUCCGUUCAAAAGACUAGGCAAUGGACGGCUAUUCUAUGCCAAUGAAGUUUAUUACGGAACCUUCGCUUUAGAAGCAAAACCCGACGGCUACCUCUAUCUUUACGGCUCCGACGUAACAGGAAUCAAAGUAGCAAGAACCCCAAGCACGCAAUCAAGUAUCGCAGAUCGCAACCAGUACACCUACUACAACUCAGCUACUAAAACCUGGCAAAAAGACCCAUUGACUAAGGACGAAGAAGAGGGAAAUAUCAUCACGUGGAGCAGAGAGGGUCCGAAGGGAAAUGGGACAAGAGUCGGACCAAAUGUGGGAGAUGUUUGGUAUUCGAAUUAUCAUAAGACGACGGUGAUGCUAUGGAAUGAUGCGGGGAUCGAUGCGACGUUUUGGUUUAGCUAUGCAAAGACGGAUAAGGUGGAAGGGCUAUGGAGUGAACCUGUAGCGAUCUGGACACCACCAAUACCCCCGCAAUGUGCCUCCUUCCCCGAACUCAAUUUCAACUAUCAGGGUCAUGCGCAUCCAGGAUGGGAUCCAACAGGGAAGACGCUUUUGAUUAGUUACGCUAGUUGUGCUAAUUUUGUGAGCAUGGCGAGGAUCACUUGGGCCUAGUUUAGACGAAGAGAUUGGAAUAUGAUUAUAUAUUGGGAGAAUAGAUAGUCUGGGCGUAGGGUUUGUAGAAAUAUUGUAAUGUAAAGCUAAGUAAGGUUCGGACAUUUCUAGGUGUAGAC